AUGGUUUUCAGUGCGAUAGUAGUGACAUCAGCCUUGAAGAGCGCUAUUGGCUUAGUGGGUACAGGUUUAUGGCUCAUACCAUUGUUAAUCGCGGGCCUUUCUUACUAUCGUUACGAUCAACUGGAUCCUGAGAGUCGCCUCAUCGACAAGCACCCUCUCUACUCUGAUUACGAUUUCAUCGUAAUCGGAGGCGGAUCGGCUGGAGCGGUAAUUGCCAGUCGACUAUCGGAGAUACCGAACUGGAAUGUGCUGUUAUUAGAGGCUGGCCCAGAUGAAAAUGAGAUUACAGACGUGCCAUCUUUGGCUGCGUACUUGCAGCUGACCAAGUUGGAUUGGAAUUACAAGACUGAGGCUACAGGUAAAGCUUGCUUAGCUAUGAAGGGUGGCCGUUGUAAUUGGCCAAGAGGUAAAGUUUUAGGCGGAAGCAGUGUUCUUAACUACAUGUUGUACGUGCGUGGUAAUAAACAAGACUACGAUCAUUGGGAAUCGCUCGGUAAUUCCGGUUGGGGAUACGACCAAGUUCUCUAUUACUUCAAAAAAUCAGAAGACAAUCGAAAUCCAUACUUGCAGAGAAGUCCAUAUCACGCGACCGGUGGUUACCUAACGGUACAGGAAUCGCCAUGGAAGACUCCCUUAGUGGUUGCUUUUGUCCAAGCAGGCGUUGAAUUGGGAUACGAAAACAGGGACAUAAAUGGCGAAAAGCAGACGGGCUUUAUGAUAUCUCAAGGAACUAUUCGCAGAGGAAGCAGAUGCUCCACCGCGAAGGCUUUCUUGCGGCCUAUACGAUUACGCAAGAACAUUCAUAUAGCUAUGAACAGUCAUGUGACAAGAAUUGUGAUUGAUCCGUUAACUAUGAGAGCGAUUGGCGUCGAGUUUGUUAGGAAUGGUCGCAGGCAGAUAGUGAGAGCACGCAAGGAAGUGAUAUUAUCAGCAGGUGCCAUUAACAGUCCUCAAAUUUUGAUGCUGUCGGGGAUCGGACCAAAGGAACAUUUACAACACGUUGGUAUUCCUGUUAUCAAAGAUCUUCGAGUCGGCGACAAUCUUCAGGAUCAUGUCGGAAUGGGUGGAUUGACAUUUUUGGUUGAUAAACCAGUCGCUAUAGUUCAAGAUCGUUUUCAACCGGUUCCGAUGAUGAUGCAUUACGUAGUUAACGGCCAAGGUCCCAUGACGACCUUGGGUGGCGUUGAAGGUUAUGCUUUCGUGAAUACAAAGUAUGCCAAUCACUCUAUCGAUUAUCCGGACGUGCAAUUCCACAUGGCGCCAGCCUCUAUUAAUUCCGACGCGGGUGUACAAGUUCGGAAAGUUUUAGGGUUAACGGACGAAGUAUACAAUACCGUCUACAGACCAAUUACCAAUCGAGACGCCUGGACCAUCAUGCCUCUUCUGUUAAGGCCCAAGUCUCGUGGUACUGUACGUUUGAGAAGUUCCAAUCCUUUUCAUCAUCCUAUUAUCAAUGCGAAUUACUUUUCCGAUCCUAUGGACAUUGCCGUCCUAGUGGAAGGUGCGAAGCUUGCGAUCAAAGUCAGCGAGGCGAAAGUUUUUAAACAAUUUGACUCGAGACUUCAUCGCGUUAAGCUACCGGGAUGCAAACACUUCAAAUUCGACACUGACGCUUACUGGGAAUGUCAGAUUCGACAUAUUUCUAUGACAAUUUAUCAUCCUGUAGGUACCGCCAAAAUGGGACCGCCGACCGAUCUUACUGCCGUAGUGGAUCCUAGAUUGAGGGUUUAUGGUAUCGUGGGACUUCGAGUUAUCGAUGCGUCUAUCAUGCCGACAAUAAGCAGCGGUAAUACAAACGCUCCUGUCAUUAUGAUCGGUGAGAAAGGUGCUGACCUCAUUAAACAAGAUUGGUCGGCUACCAUCAUUGAUAGUUAA